GAGCGGGGAGGACGCGUCUGGGCCAUGGGCUGCAAGCCCGGCGGUGCCUUCCACGGAGAGGCCGGCGGAGGCUUUGCGGACCGGGGAGUGCAGUGAAGGCGGCGAGAUGUGGCAGCCAGCCAGCCGGGCUGCGUCCGGGUCCGGGCUCGGGCUAGGCGGGAGGAGUGAGGAGAUCGGGGAGUUGAUCGAACAUUUCUCCAAACACCAAUAUCGGGCCAAGGAGGCCAAUCCCAAGGUGGAAAAGAUUGAGAAUCGUUGCCUUGAACUGUUCAGGAGGGACUAUGUUUUCAGUGUGAUUCAGAACCCAAAUGGAGAGCUUUGUGGACAUUACCCUCGCCAAAUCAUCUUUAUGGAAUAUGCAAGUACAGACGGUGACAAGGACAGGUUUGAGAGCACUGUUCAGACGAGCAAAUUGCAGGAUUUUGUGAGCCGUAGCAAGAUGGCAAGAUGUCGUAGUCGCUUUGUCUGCCCAGUCAUUUUGUACCAUGGAAAGCAUAUAUGUCGGUCAGCAACUCUGGCUGGAUGGGGAGAGCUUUAUGGGCGCAGUGGGUACAACUACUUAUUCUCGGGAGGAUCUGAUGAUGCAGGAGCAGAGUCUGAUGAAGUGCCUGACGAUUUUGCAGUACGGAAUGGUGAUUCACAGUUAUUUGAUAAAGUCCGAGGCCAUGACAUAAAACUGCUGCGCUAUCUUUCUGUUCAUUACAUCUGUGAUCUGAUGGUAGAGAAGAAGAAAGUUAAGUUUGGACUGAAUGUGACCUCAUCUGAGAAAGUGGACAAAGCCCAAAGAUAUGCAGAUUUCACUUUGUUAUCUAUACCAUACCCAGGUUGUGAAUUUUUUAAAGACUACAAGGAUCGUGAUUACACAGCUGAAGGGCUGGUGUUCAACUGGAACCAGGAUUUUGUCGAUGCACCGUUGAAUAUACCUCCUUUGCUGGCUGAAAAUCUGAGCAUUGACUGGAGGGAAUAUCAGUCUUGGGAUCUAGUUCAACAGACCCAGAAUUACCUGAAGCUGCUUAUUCAUACAAUAAAUCGAGAUGGAGACGGCGGUUUGUUAGUGCACUGUAUUUCUGGCUGGGAUCGAACUCCACUCUUUAUUUCUCUCCUUCGUUUGUCACUGUGGGCUGAUGGACUUGUUCACACUUGCUUGGAGCCUGUGGAAAUCCUUUAUUUAACCAUUGCUUACGAUUGGUUCCUUUUUGGGCACAUGUUGGCCGAUAGGCUCAGCAAGGGAGAGGAGAUUUUCUUCUUCUGCUUCAAUUUUUUGAAGCACAUCACCUCAGAAGAAUUCUCUGCAAUAAAGAAACCCAGAAGAAAGGCCGCACACUAUAAAGAAGCUCAGUUCCCAAUAGAAGAUCUCUGUCUACUAGCGCAUACAGACCGUGGAAGUACGACCAGCCUGAGCAGUGAUUUCUCUGUCAUAAUGGAAGAGUCUCCCACUACUACAGGGACUUUCAAUUACGAGGCAUUGGAAAUGACAGCAGGCCCAGCAACACAGGUUGCUUGGAGAAAAGGCCGAACAUCAUCACCACAGACUGUUAUGUGGAAUAAACCUUACUUGCCGAAUCAACUGGAAGAUCGGUUCUUACAACACAGUAUGCCUGAAGCUAGGUCAUCGUUCUACCAAUCAGAAAAUAGCUUUCUGACAACAGGAAGUAGCAGCCCCUUAGCUGUUCCUGAAAGAAGCUCCACAGAGUAUUCCCAUUCUUCAUCCUCUUCCACGGAUUAUGGCAGCUGGCAGAUCGUGUCUGGCUGUGGCAGUAUUCAUGACCAGUCUGUAGUUACCAAUGACUCACCCCUCCCCUUCAGUGUACAAGAUGAUGGAGCCAAUGGAAGACUAUAUCAGCACAUCCCAGAACGCAGGGCCAAGCUGGAGGAAGUCCGAGCCAUAUUCUUGUCUGCAUACAGUGCAACUGUGGGCCUCAGAUCUGUGUCAUCCAGUCCGUCAUCGUCCAUUGGUGGACUUCUAGAACAGUUUGCACGUGGAGUUGGGCUGAGAGGCACAAACAGCAUUGUCUGACACAGCUGGCAUUUUUUUUUUUAAGUAUAGGUAUGGAUCACUGUGCAGAUAUUAACUGUGACAAUGCCAAAGAUGGACUUGUGAAUUUGUUUUCCAACUUGAUGAUUUAUUUCAUUUUUUGACCUUAGAUUGUAUUCAGUUUUUUCUCCUCCUGAAAUUUAUUUCUGGAAGGAGGAGAAAUGGUCACUGUCCCCCAUCCCACUUCUCUUCCACAAACAUCCAAAAUAUCGGUGAAAGGAAGUAAAAAUAAAACCGGUUCAGCCUUUGGUACAGGAUUAUUCAUGGAAUACCUUCGCCUCUUUGUGUUUAAAUUGGAAAACUUUAAAAACUUGUCAUUGAUUAUUUUCAAGUUAGAAAUCCCAUAAUAGGAGGCAAUUGGAAGUAGUGGUGAACGCGUCCAGUGACAUUUUUUAAUCUUUCAAAAAUUGCUGUCAUUGUUAGUGUACUCCAGUCUACAGUUAUCUGACUGAAUAGAGGAAUUUUGUCUUGCAACUUCCUUUUAAGGCUGCUUUUCAAGUUGGCUGAUUGUGAUGAAAUCAGUUUUUUUUUUAAUUAAAGAGCUAGUACUGCAAUAGGGUUGUUAAAAAUAUAGCAACAUUUCAACAUGGUUAAUUUCCUUCUUACAAGUGUGUGUCUUAUUGUGGUAUACUCUUGUUGAUAUAGUGGGAUAAUGUGUCUGGCGUAGUGUCAAUCCUAAUUAAGCUAACUUAUAGAAAGGAGGAAGAGAGAAAUGGUCAAAUCAAAUCUGAGAGAAUUAAAUGGAGUAGCAACUUACUCAAGCAACUUGAGUGACCACCAAAGCAAGUUACCUGGUGAGUACAGGAACUAACCACUGCUGUGUUUUUUGAUAGAUUAACUACUGCCGCUGAUAAAGCUGUCAAUAGUAAAUGAUUUGGCUUCAGUAAGAUUCUGCUAGAUUCUAACAACUUGUUCAACAAAUGAAUAAUGUUUGUCAAUUUAAGUAAGAAUACAAUAGUAAGAUGGUUUGUUGUUAUUAGCAGAUCUAACUUAAUUCAGCGUUAGACUUAUUUUCUAAAGAUUGUUUCUAUUUUUUAAUACGGCAUUUAACCUGCUUGAGAAAUUUUGGAUAAUAUUUUUGUAACACUUCUUCAAAAAAAGUAUUUAUUUUAAACAUCUGUUUUUCUCUUAAAAUGGAACUGAUCUUCUCUGGGUUACUGCUGUUCAAAUUUCACAACAUUUAUUUUGUUGCCAUUGAAGAUUAAGUGAGGGGAGAGCUUUGUAUUGCAUCACUUGAAUUGCAGAUCUUGGAGUUUAAAUUUCAUGCUUUAGCUCUUCGUAGGAGAAAGACAAUUCAAUGGUUUAAUGGCAAAUGCCCUUAUUAUUUCAGUCAAGCUGUUGACUCUUGGAUCAGCAAUGAACUCUUAACAUGGAAGAGCGUAAGAAAGGUCAAGGGUGAGAAAAGACUGCAAAGUCCAUCAAAUUUCACUCCUCCAAUGCCACAGUUCUCCCAUUAUGUCCAGCUGCAUUUUGAAUGCCUCAUUUUUUUGCCUACCCUAGGUAGCAAACUUAGCAAACAUUUCUCACACUGAGUGAAGAAUAGCAACUGAAUAAUUGUUUCAAAUUUGACUUUCACUAAUUUAAAUCCAUCUCAUCAGCUUAACUUUGAGUAAUUGAUAUGUGUUUGCCUUAUCUGUGGUAUUUUAACCUCCUUUGGAUAUCCUCUGCUCCCCCACCAACACAGCCACCACUACUUUUCUGGAAUCACUUUUAGGAUUAGAACAGGUUUUUGUGUAUUCUAUAUUUAAAAACUGUGAAGAGGAUGUAGUAGCACCUAUUAAGAAAUAAAACAAUGCUUUGAGUGUAGAUCUCUAAAUUCUGACUGUAAAUGAAAUUGCAUAUACCUAAAAUGUUAACUGCCUUGUAUCACUUCAGCUGCUGGCUAGCCUGUUGUACAUUUCCAACAUUUUCUGUUUUUAUUUCAGAUUUCUAGAGCUUAGUUUUUUAAAAAAAGUCCUUCCUGCAGUUCUUGUAUAUACUUUCCACUUCACUCCUACCCUCUCGUAACUGACCAUAAACGUAAACAGUACACUGUAUUGCACACAGUAAUACAUUAUUCUUAGUAAGUAUUGAUAAGCCAGUUCAAACAGAUCAUAGUUUGUAAGUUUAAAAAAAAAAAGUUAAACUGACAUUUUUAAUCAUUUAGUGAUGUGAAUGGAGACUCAUCUGGUUAGGUAUGUGCAUGGCAAUUUUGACUAUAUCUUUAUAUUUAUACUUGAAAAGAAAUUACCAUGCCCAACAAAAAUGUUCUCCAGAGGAGAAUUAAAGAUCCUUAAAUGUUGUGUCCAGGUUUCAGAUGGGAGAUUUAACCAUCUGUUUGGUAGAUAAUCAGACAUUUUUCUGAUUAAUUGUAGCCAAUCUAAGCCCCCAUUAUAUCGAUUUUCUGCACUAAUAUUCUUGUUAACCUGCACAGCUUGUAUGUCAGCGCUAAAGCACUAAAUCUCUCUUGAGCAAUAGACUAUUUACUCUUGGUGCUUUCUUAUGAUAAAUAUAGAUCCCAAGAAGGUGUAACGUGAACCCCUCAUUGGUCUGAUUUUAAAGGAUAUAUCGCCUGAAAACAAUUAAAUUUAUUUUUGUCUAAUCCUUGUUUGCACGAAAAUGUCUAAAGUUUGGUUGUAGUUUGGAUAACUUGAGGACUUCAGCAAACGCUGGAAAUCCUUCAUUAGUUGCAGUAUCACCUCACCCCCCCCCACCACACACACAUGCACACACCACCCCUAAAGUGUAAUUUGUUGGUUAUUUUUAAAAAAAAUCCAAUAAACUAUUUAUCUGAGAUUAUUUCACUGAAACUUUUUUUCUUACGUUAGGUUUGCAUUCCAUUUCUUAGUGGUGCACACAAUCUCUUAAAAGGUUGCCUUUUUUUCCUGUAGACUGAAGAUGUCUUUGAGUUUAAUGUCCAGAAUUUUGACCACAAAGUUCUUCUCCCGUCCCUCCCCACCACCAAAAAAAAAGGGCUAUAAAUGUCUGGCUUGUAAUGUAAGAUGGCUAGAAAUUUGGUAUCAUUUUGAGUUGCCAAAUUGACUUUGGUAUUGACUAUAUGAUGACCAAGAUUACCAAUGAGGGAUCCGGCGUGUUGCUGGAAUGAGAGAUUCCCAUCAGCUAGAAGUAUUCUAUUAGAAUUGGUCUACUGCCUUUAAAAUACAGGGAUAGUGUGACCUAUGCUAGUUGAGGAAAAAUGGGCAGUCAAAGCUCUUUACAUUGGAUUAGAAUUUGGCUGAAAGAACAGUAGGAGUUAUUGAACCAUAAGACACUAAGCCAACAGCAAGUACUAUAAAUGUGUGAAAUCUACUUGGUAGGAGGAGGAAUACAAUGCUUAAGAGUGGACUACUCUUUAAAAUUGUCCUUUUUUUCUCAUGGUUUUAAAAUCUUAAAACUGCAGUGUCAUAUUUGAUUUAUUUUUAAUCCGACCUUGCAAACAGCAAUUAACUUAUGGGCAAAAAGUGCUUCUGAAAACUCUUUUGUGAAUAAAGCCAUAUUAUCAAGCAUGAGGGGUGUACUUUCUAAUCUUUCCAUGUAGAUCUACAGUAACGUAAUCACCUAGUCGUGUGAUCAGUUUUGUGCAAGCAAUUCUGUGGUUAAAAUGAAACAUUUUUUUUAAUCCCUUAGAACGAGUGAUAUGACUCCACAAGUGGUUUGCUGCACAAUAGAUACAGCAUUUGCUGCAGUAGUGAUUUAGCAUCAAAUCUAUCUGGAAGCUCAUUCCUCCAAGAACUUUGAUAAUGUUCCUUUAUAUCUACAAUCUUGCAAAUAAACAAUUUUGGUCAACACUUUCAAUAUACUCUUGCGAAAAAACUGCAUGAUAUCCAUAUAAAAAAGUAUUUGUCUAAAUGGAAAUUAUUAAAGAAAAUUAUUUUGAAUUGUUAAAUUAAAACUAGUAUUGUAAAACUGGGUUCAAAAUGCAUCUUGAACUCCUUAGCUGUACAUUGUUAAUGUUUCAUUCUAGAAGUUAAGAAUCAGGUAGACUAUUCUUUAAAGACAAAUCUUAUAGGACCUAUAAAGGUAUGACUGAAUAGUAGAGUACCAAUCUCUGCUUCUUUCAAAUAUCGGGAUUAUGUAUGUUGUUACAAUUGCUUGCUUUUGGUAGUAAUGGUGAAGGACAUGCAGUUCAUUUGGAAAGAAAGUUUGUCUGUUAUUAGUUCUUCUCUGCAACAUUUUGCCAUUUCUUCACCCAUUUUAAACCAAGACUACAAGGAUGGUCUGAAUCAAGACAGCCAUUUAACUGGGUCAACUCGUGGAGGCUGAUCUGGAGCACCUUCAGGAAUCUACUCUGACUUGAUGUUUUGUUUGGAUUGCUGACCCCAGUAAAUUGUACAGUUUCAAUUUUCUUAUCACUUUACUGAUCCUGUGCAAAACUUUCUAGUAUACAGUCAGAAGUAAUAACUUGUUCAACUUGAUUUGGUCAGUGAAUUGAGGCCUUAUUUCCCCUUUCUUGCUGGAUCAUUCAACUAUCUUGAGCAACAUUACCAGAACGACAUUAAGGUAAUUUGUGUUUAUGAAGCAGGAACUCCUUUAAAGAAACUUGUUGAUGGAAUAUUCUGUACUCAGUGAAAAUAUGACUUAAAAUUUCACGAUUAAUGUUCCAUGAAGUGCAAAAUCUUGCAACAUGGCAAAUUACUGUAAUGGUUCUUCAGGACUUCUUGAACUUGUUCCAGGCAUUCUCUGCAUGUCUAUAAAAUGUUUCAGCUCGGAUACAAAUAAUAAAACUUGUAAUCUUGA